AUGAUAUUAAUUCUAAUUGCUAUUAUUAUUGAAAUUGCUAUAUUCAUCAUAUGUAAGAAACGAAAAGCAUGUUCUACUGACAUUGGGACAAUCACGAACCAAAAAACAUUCCGCGAUGUUGGUGUACAAACCAACGACGACUUUUUUGAAGAAUAUUCAUUGUUACCAAGUGAGAAUAAAAGCCAUGAUAGUAGUACGGCUAAUUUGGGCACUUGUAUGGAUCAAAAAGGCGAGUUACCGCCUAAAACAAAUGUUAAUGAUAAUGCCAAAUCUUUAAAAGACAAUGAUGCUGAUGCUAAAGAUUCAAAUUAUCAAGAAGCUGCCGAUUUUGAAAAUAAACCAGAUCCUAGUGUUGAUGUUGUAAAAAUUAAUGAUCCCAAGAAUGUCUCAUUGCAAGAAAUUCAUGAUGAACCUGUUGAUAUUUCUGAUUAUGAAGAAUCUCGUAUGGAUAAUGAUAAUAUUGAACCCGAAUCCGAAACAGUUGGUGGCGAUGUUGCAAAAAUUAAUGAUACCAAAAGCGCUAGAUCACAUGAAAAUUAUGACCAAUAUGUUGGCUUUAGCUCUGAUUAUAAAAAACCUUGGAUGGAUAAAGAUAUUGAACCUAAAUCCGAAACAGUUAGUUGUGAUCAUCAACAACAGAUAUCAAAUUAUCCAAUUACCGAUGAUAAUAAUUUUGAUUGGUGCAAUGAGGCUUCUAGAAGUGUUACAUUUCAAGAAGCUUAUGACAACAGACUUAAUAAAUUAGAUAACAAUGUUUGGGAAUCAAACAAUGAAUAUGAUGAUAAAAACAAUCAUUGGCUAACGAAAGCUUUUAUGUUUGAAGAAGAAUUGAAAAAUUCUACAAAUAACUAUUAUAGAAAUAGAAAUGAUAGACCUCAAAGUAAAGGCAAAGCUCCCAUUUAUACUUCACGAUGGAACAAUUCACAACCGCAACAAUACAAUCAACACUAUAGCAGCACCAGUGGAAAUUAUUAUAAUGGUAAUAAUAUUGGAUGCACCAAGUGCAAUUCAAGCAAGCAUCUCACUAUUGACUGCGAAAUAGUAUUAACAAAAAAUUUGCUUAUGAUUUUAAGAGGAACUUUUGGAGAAAAUUUUUAUAAUGAUUAUUUAAAAAAUAAUGAGUUUUAUAAGUAG